AACCGGAAGUCGGUGGAGGAAGACAGGCGUGAGCGAGCCUGGCAAUGGCUUGGAGGACGAACCUCGCGUGCCUCGUCAAGGCCGGAGGGAGGUGGAAAUGGUUUCCAGUCCCAGAGUACUCAUUCCUGCCCCCAGGCCUGAAUAAUAUCUGCUCUCGGAGAAAAUCAUCUGCACCUGAGAAAAUGGAUGCUAGUGUUGCUGUUUGUGACACAAAUGGAAAGGAGCCUGGGAAUGUACUGGACAAGCUCUUCUCCCCGGAACAGCAAGCUGCUAUUUUGAAUGUGCUGAAUACAGCUUCUACUAAAGAGCUGGAAGCUUUCAGUUUGCUUCGAGGAAGAAAGUCCGUCAAUAUUGUAGAACACAGAAAGAAGUUUGGGCCAUUUGAGAGUUUGGAGAGGUUGAUAGAUGUGCCCUUGAUCCAAUAUAAAACUGCUGUUCAAGUUUGUAACUCCAUCCUUUGCCCAGAGAGUGGAAGAAAAAAAAACUCACCGGGAACGUGGCUGCUGAAAAAGUACAUUAAACCCGAUGUAGAGAAAGAGAGACUUAAGGCAGUUAAUAGUAUCGUAUCUAUUGUUUUUGGUACUCGAAGAAUUGCUUGGGCUCACCUUGACCGGAAGCUGACAGUGCUGGACUGGCAGCAGGCUGAGUGUUGGAAAUUAACGAACAAAACAUACCCAUCAUCCUUUUAUCUGGAAGAGAUUUCUUCAGUCAUUUCAAAGAUGCCUCAAGCAGAUCUCUACAUUUUGGAAAAAUCAGGACUUUCCAUUCAGAACACAUCUCUGUUUCCUAUACUGUUACACUUCCUUAUCACGGAAGCCAUGCUAUAUGCCUUACUCAACAGAACUUUUGCUGAGGAUGGCCAGCAUCGGGUGCUGAGCAUCAGUCGAAACGCUGUGGGCAAGCACUUUGACCUAAUGAUUGGCGACACGAGGACUAGUGGGAGGGAGCUAGUGAAGAAGCUCCUCUCCGAGUCCGUGCUGAAGGACCGGCCUCGGGUGCUCUUCCCACGGGAGCACAUAGUGCAAUACAGACAGAAGAUUCUGAAGGACUCACACCGGAUUGAAGAGUUCUAUGAUUCAUUGUUACAAGCUGUUGCUUUUUACGAGUUAGUUUUUGGCAGAGGCUUCACGCUCAGAUGUUAAUGCACUCACCUAGUGUUUUAUUAAUUUAUUAAACCAACUAUUCCCAUCCUCCAUGUUAGUGGAGAAGAAAACAUCUUGAGUAUAUUUUCCAUGUUUAUAAAGUCAAGACUUUUGGCUGUAAAAUAGUGUGCACAAGCCAAAACCAAAUCAAUAAAUAUUUUAUG